GUACAGGAAAACUACAAUAUACCAGGUCUAAAGGUUUACAAAGAAACUUCAUGUUUUGUCCAUACUCUGUCUUUCAAUUAAAAUUCAAAAUGCUGGUUCAGUUCACUGAUUCAGUUGUGCAAUAGCUCAUUACAGAAAAAUUGGUGAUCAUACAGCCCUUCAUUGUUUUCUGUACAUCAUCAACCUCAUGUACCUCAUCACAUCCUGCUGCACAGACAUUGGCAGUUUAACAAGAUUUGCUUGUACACUUGCUACUCCGCUUCCCACAUAAGGGACGUAUUCCUGAUUCUUGAAGUCACUCAUGCACAACCAUGAGAGAGAGUGUUGGGUGCAGGGCAUGAGGGAAUGGGGUAUGCAGGGGUGAGAAGUUCUGAAGGGGUGCAGUCCUCCUCCAGUGAGAAGGGGUCUCACAAACAGCCUCAGAGGCCCAGAAAUUCUGUGAACAAACUGAUUUUGCCCACAAUAGAAACCCUCAGCAAUAUCCUUCCUCUCUGACAAUAUCUACACUUCCAGAAAAUGACUCGCAAUGUUGCAGACGUUUGUUACUGACAGCACUCACCAGGAAUUUUGGCUGAAUGAAUCAUUGUGAUGAGAAAAACCAGGUUCGCAGCACACUGCAUCCAGUAAGAAUUCACUGUUGAGAAGCUGUAUAAUUCUUAUACUUCAUGUAGUCAUAUGGUUUUUCACGUUAUGUAAAACAAUUUUUUGAGAAAAACGGAAAUGCUUAAUUUGUAACAUUACGUUUCGUAUUUUAUCACACUACGGAUAGCAGUGACAUCUAAUUAAGCUUUGAUGCGCAAACGUAAAGCUUCUGGGACAUGAGAUAACCUCAGCCGUUCAUGUAAGUCCAAGUCACCUACCGAGAUGCGGGUUAAGUGCGUCUAGAACUUAGAAUCUGUAACGUGCAGAGAUGUUAACUGAGCCCGCCGGUGGCAGGUGCAGCAAGUUUAAUUCAUCUUGCUGCCGCGUGGACACGAAUGACAAGUGCGAACGUGUGAGUAAAAUUUAGUUGCUUCGUAAAUUGCUAACUCAAGUUUGGAUUUCGUUUGUUGGUAGAGUAUCGGGUUGUAUGGAACGUUGUAUUUUUGGUCACCAGGUGUCAAAUGAUCGUCAGUGAGUUUUUCGGGAUUUCGUGACUCAAUCUUUUCGUGAACUUGAAGCAGGCUUUACAGGAUGUGCUUCGCGAGAAUCAAGUUGAGCUAAUCCUCAAAUUUAACGUGUAGUUCGUGGUCUUCCCGUAUUGGUCUUCCCGCGACGAUGGCCUCAACAUUUGACGUGCUCGAUCGUGACAGUUGGUACCAUGGGCCAAUGUCAAGAGCGGAGGCGACUCAAAUCCUAGAUAGAGAACGUGAAGGUGGUGUUUUCCUAGUCCGUGAUAGUACCAGCAUGAAGGGUGAUUAUGUGCUCUGCGUCAAAGAAGACAACAAAGUCAGUCAUUAUAUUAUCAACCGCGUUCCUGACGACGACAACCAAAAAUGUGUAUACCGAAUCGGGGACCAAACAUUCCCUGAUUUACCGGAGUUGCUAAAUUUUUACAAAUUGCAUUACCUGGACACCACGCCGCUGACUCGUCCAGCGAAAAAGAAAAUAGAACGCGUAAUAGCGAAGUAUGACUUCGAAGGAAAUGAUCCGGAUGACCUCCCGUUCAAGAAAGGUGAACUUCUGGAGGUGUUGACGAAAGACGAAGAACAGUGGUGGACUGCAAGGAAUUCAAUUGGUCAAAGGGGGUCUAUACCGGUGCCGUAUGUUCAAAAAGUGAAUGAUUCGAUGUUAGCUCAGAUAUCGAACGACUCCAUGUCAACGAGCGCAACGCAAGACUCGAAUGAUGAAGAGUUCAGCAAACCUAAUUCCCGACGUUCAGAAAGGAAGCUUCCUUGUUUCGCGAGGGUUAAGCAGGAACGAAUCCCGAAUGCUUAUGACAAGACGGCUCUGAAGCUGAAAGUAGGCGAUAUUGUUCGAGUCACGAAGAUGAACAUGACUGGUUCAUGGGAAGGAGAGAUAGACGGAAGGAAAGGUUACUUUCCGUUCAAUCACGUAGAAUUGCUAGACGACCCAUCACCGGAUGGCGUUUCUAAAUCAGAUGAGAUGUAAUUUUUUUUUGUGCUGCAUUGAGAAGUUUUUUUUUCCUUUUUUGUGCACAGAGUGUCAAACACUUCCGUUUUCUUCGCCUAUGAUUUGUUUCUGAAGUGCACGAUGUUCCCCAAUGUUGUUGAAUCAAGGGCUUGUUAAUGGCCUUUUUUGGGAAUUUAUUGUCUCGGUGCUUCAAAAUUUGGUGCUGUUGUAGUAAGUGGCUGACUUCCAGUUAUGGUAUUUGACUGUUUUGACAAUUCAGUUCCAGUAUGAUGACAUUGACACCAACUGAAGUGAAGCAAUGAGUCCGAAAAUGAGUUACUGCACGACGUACUCAUGUUUUGGUUGCACAUGAGAAAUGUUUCAAGCCAAAUUGGGCGUGGCCUUUAUUUAAGGUAUUUUUAACUGCUUUCAUGUUUUCUUUUCUUGGCUUUGUCGAACAACAUUAGAGGUAAGCCUUCAUGUGCUUAAAUCCUAUACAGUACUGUACUCGUUUACGUUAUUCGCUUACUUUUUUACUUGUCAAAUACACUUCACCCCGAAAAUUAGUGGGAGGAAUUGCCCGAAUUGGGGUCGUGUCGUGGACAGAUAUGAAUUAUAAUGGGUAUUCAUGAAGGAAUUUCGAUGCCCGUCGUGCACUGGCAUGUAUGGUUACUGAGUUCAUUAUUUGUGUUGGACUGUUAUAAUAUUUUAAAUGAAGUUUUCUGUUGGAGACUACCGCACUUCGGUGGUGUGUCGCAUACUGUAAUAGCACCAAAUUUUUGACCAUCACCAGGCGAAGGCCCGCGUUCAAAUGUUGCCUAUAAAUUCUAUCUUUUGGUUCCGAGUGGAUAUGGAAGAAGCUUUCGUCUAUGAAUCGCGCUGGAUUUUUGUCACUAUGGAGUUUCACAUUGGUGGUCGAACUUGACCGUUGCUUUUGAUGCCGACCCACGUAAAAAAGGUGGAAAAAGAUGUUCUAUGUCGGGGAAUGUGAUGCCUUUUUUUUGUUGUUUUGAAACGCUGCGCAAAAUACCGCUUCUCCCCCUUUUUUGUUUCCUUCGUGGGUUUGUGUCGCGUCGUGUGUUCCGGCGAUGAUGUUCCGUCGUGACAUGAGAAAAUUUUGCAAAAACCCCGUUUCCCCAUGCAAAAAAACUGUUCGUUGAGGCGUAUUUUUUGCUUGUGAGGAAUAUUUUUUGGUUUUUUCUUAAAA